AAUAUGUCGCCUAAACUCCGUGGCAGAGCUUUGAUCUUUAAUAACAAAUACUUUGAGCAGCAACAACUUCCAACACGAGAGGGUACAAAUAUGGAUAUGGAAAGCCUGAGUAAAUUUCUUCUGCAAUUGGGCUUUAAGAUUAAGGAAUAUGCGGAUUUGACCAGAAGAGCCAUUAUACGGAAACGAUGCUCAACGUUGGCGGGCAAACCAAAGAUUUUCAUCAUUCAAGCUUGCCAAGGUGAUCACAGGGAUCCUGGCCAUCAGCUUCUUGAAUCCGGAAAUAUUGAAGCCGAUAACAAUUGCUUUAUGAGCUACCAAAUACCAUUGGAAGCAGACUUUCUAAUUGCCUUUUCAACUAUUCCCGGUUUCUGCUCUUGGCGCAACACGUUAUACAAAGUCUGUGAAGAGCUCAGUUCGUCUGGCGAAUCUCGGGAUUUAUUAACGCAAUUGACUUUCGUUGCCCAGCGAGUGGCAUAUAAUUAUGAAUGUUUUUACCCUAUAGUUAAGAUAUUUUGA